AUGGAGUCUUUUCUACCCCUGGGUGGCUUCCAGCUGCCCUUCCAGAAACGCCUCAGCAGACUGUACAACGACACUAAAAAGUCCAGCGACUUUGUCAAAGAACCCAUUCAAAAUGAAGAAGACCCUCAAAUCAAGGCUCUACAUCGAAAGCUGCGUAUCCAAAAAGAUCGUCUUGUCAGUUGGGGCGUCGAAUGGUCUGACCCGAACCAGUCCGAGAUUGACGAAUCUCUAUCGAAAGCUGGUUUGAGUGAAGUCGUCGGAAGCAUCAUGUCCACCAUCAAAGACACCUUAGCAGAGGCGGAACCUCUCUGGUUGAGUUCAAAACGCAUGAUUCAAGCGCCGCAAACUGGAUCAAAAGAUACAAAGCCGCCGCUGAUACAAUGGGAUAAGAACCACUUCGAGGAUCUUGUCAAUGACCUGACUUCAUCAAUUGAUACACUAUACGACCUUUCACGCACAAGAGCAGCUGGGAUCCCUAGGAGAUCGUCCAAAACACCAUUCAAGUCUACAGCCGCAGACGAUUAUCGACCUUUUGAAUCCACGCGCAUGCAAACACCACAGCAAAUUGACCCUAAGCAAUUGACACAUUUGCGCCCCAAGCAGGGUGACGAAAACUCCUCUCCUCGAGAAGUUGUGUUUAUGAGCAAGACGGCCUAUUCUGAGCUCACACAUGGUACAACUCGCGAGCCAUGGGCGCCGCUACUACUCGAGUAUGCUACAUUUGACUCCAUCUACGCCAGUACAGGCAUCAUGCCUCCUAUGGCGCGCUUUGAGAAGCUCUCUGCCGGCCUGCAGCAGGAUUCUCAGAGGUCUCCUGGUACAUGGACUGGACUACCUCGACUACUCGGAUAUUUUGAGGACAUGGAAAACUCAAGACUCGGUCUCGUUUACCGGUUCCCUCCAUCAUUCAACACCGUUUCGUUCGAGGGUCUUACAAAGAAUCCCUCAUAUAAUCUGCCAACUCUAGGAGAUCUCCUCUCAACGCAGGGGUCAGAGCCCAAGUUGGAAGCCAAGUUCAGGCUGGCUCACAAUCUCAUGAACACCAUUUUCGAUCUACAUGCUCGUGGCAUUACUCACGGAAACAUUGUACCGACCACUGUCUCCUUCUGCGAUGCAGCGACCUCACAACCUGGUGCAGUCAACGGCGAAGUAGAUAUUCGACGCCCUCUCCUUUCGUCAUUUGAUCUCUUCUCCGAAGAUGAACCUUCAGCAUCACCAAUUCUCUUCAAGCAUCCGCUAGAUCCACGCAAUGCCCAAACCUCCCCUCUCGCCACGAAUCCCGACCAGAGAGUUCUCGACUUGUACUCUUUGGCCACACUGCUACUCUCUGUCGGUCUGUGGAAGAAACUUGAGGACAUUGUUCCCGAGAAUUCCACCAGCAUUCCUGAUUCAGCUCUGGAGGAGCUCUCUAUCAGAUGCGGCAGUCUAUACACGAAGGCGGUUCAAGCAUGUUGGACCGCAGUCGAUGACGAGCUUGCGGGACGAUCUUCCAGCGAGUCUUUGCUAUCCUCGGUUCAAGUCAGAUGCAGUCGUUUCUUGGAGGCCUGUUGUAUUCUGGACGGGGUCAGUGGCUUGGAAGAGAGACUGGACAAGGAGCUUAACCCGGGCGAGACGACUGCGCCCAUCGCCGAGGUCCCUCCUACGAAGAUGAACAAGGAUAAAAAAGAUGUAAAGGAUUUCAAGCCACCAUUGAAAGCUGCAAGCGAGAAGCCAAUGUCAGCUUCAGCGCUGGCCUUGGGGGCAGAGAAUACUGCUUCCAAGGUUGAAAGCGCUGUUGACAACGAGGAUGCUAUGGACAAACAAUCCGAGACCAAGAUACGUCUUUAUCCUCAUGUGCCCCUUGCACCAGAGGUCGUUGAUAGAUGGAACAAGAUCGUCAUGCCUCAAAUCAACCACGCCCUUCGACACUUCUAUCGCAAGCACCCAGAAUCCGUCGAGAUCUCCCUCGAGUCGGUCGGACCGAGCCCUCAAAAGACACAGCCCACUGUACUUGUUGUAUGUACCUCUGUGGGAAAGGUUCGCGCUAUUCUGAAGAAGAGGAUUGGUGAUCUCUUCGACGGAUCCACCGGUUUCGGGCUUAAAGUAUGCCGAGGUCACGUCUUACGAUCACGUCGCCAGCCCAACUCUGUCCUUAGAUCUAUGGCCAGAAGGAGUGCUAAAGGCUUCGGCGAAGCGGAUGACGUGGAUGCUAUAAACCCCGAAUACCAGGAACGCCCAAGAAAUGGAGCGAGUAUCGGGGCUUGGAUUGGAGAUCGCCAUCUACCACCUGUCAGUCUUGGAGGUCUCGUCAUCGUCGACGAUAAGCCCUAUGGGAUGACAGUCCAUCACAUGCUCGAUGACCCAGACCGCGACUUUGGACCAAGCGACACUUUGAGAUGUAGUGCUUUGCCAGAUAUGGACUGGUAUGCGCAAUCCGGCGACGAUAGCACCGUCGAUGAUGAGUUUGGCUACGAAUUGUCCGACACUGAAUCAGAGGCCUACUCUGAUUCCGAUAUUACUAGCGAUUACGACGAUGAUGAAGAAGAGGACGAAGAGGACGAGGAAUACAAUGAGCCCGGUGAUAUUCCGGGUAUAGAGCCUGGAUGUGGUGAUGGAUACAUCGUGACGCAGCCAGCCCUCGAUGAUGUGGAAGAAGGCUUCUAUCCUGACUCUGAGACUCAAGAUGAAGACCACAUUGACACUUAUAGCGUUGGAGAGGUAUAUGCCUCGAGUGGUAUUCGUCGAAAGCAAGCCUCCGGCCUUGUACAUGAGGUCGACUGGGCGCUUUUCGAGUUCGCUCAUGAUAGACUACCCGAUGACAACACCAUCCCUCGCAUCGACACAAAGAAUCCCACAUCACUACGGCCUACUGACGUAGUUCCUUUAGAGUCACUGCCGAAUAUGGAGGUUCAGUGCAUGGCUCGCACCAGUGGCUUACAAACCGGCAAGAUUUUGCCUGCUCUGACCAGUGUCAAGAUCUACGGUCGCGUCUCGCCUAGCCACGCCUAUCAAGUCACCAGCGGUGAGGAAGCAGAGCAAGACUCUCCUCACAGGGUCCCUCUUGGUAUCCCUGGUGACAGCGGAGCUUGGAUCGUCAGCCGUGACGACGGUCAGCUAUGUGGUCACGUCCUCGCCUGGAGUCAGCGCAAGCGCGUCGCUUACAUCUGCCCCAUGGACGUACUCCUCCAAGACAUCGCAGAAACACUAGAAGCUCACGAAGUCAAGCUUCCAGGAGGCAACACCAUAAUAACAAGCACCAACUCCAAAAAAGUCGACCUUGUUGAAGAUGAUCUAGAAGACUUGCUCGAAGAAGAACAGGAUCUGCCUCCACAGUUGUUCUAG